CGGCCAUGACAAAAUAUGGCAGAAUUGUCGGUGAUGGCGGUCGGUGUGUGUGUGUGUAGUGCCCCUUGACUUACCGUCGCUGGCCCCCGAGGCCCACAUCGUGACGGAGAACUCGCCCUCCAUCGUCUUGAUCUGCACCUGCUUCUGUUCCCACUUGCGCGGCUUGGUCUCGUGCACGUCCCCUAGGAGCAUCUCGUUGUCUCUCCGGGCCAACACCCCGCGCUUCGCGGGCGAUUUGCGGCGCUUGGAGGGCCCCGGCGCCGCCUCCACGUACAGGUCGGCGGCGUCCGGCACCGGGACGUCGUAGAUGUUGAGGGGGUCGCCCGAGUCGUCGAUGAUCUCCUCCUGCGCCUCGAGGAUGAUGUCGCGCCCCUCGAGGCCCUGCAUCGAGAUCAUCGGCUCGCCGCACUCCACGAUCGUCUCGACCGUGUCGGAAAUGUCCACCGGCAUGGAUUCGAUCUCGACGCAUUCCUGGAUGUCGGGCUGGAUCUCCACCUCGCACAUGAUGUUCUGGUGGUCCGCCAUUACAACGGGGCUGGCUUUUGUUUAUAAAAGAUGGUCGCACCAAGAUGGCUACGCACUAACACAACAAUGGCGUCGCGAAAACACGGGAUACCAAUGAUUUCUCAAGUUCAAGGGAUUUUUACACACGAGUUACGAGACACUAACGAGAUUUUUGCCCGUUUUGCGAGAGGGCGACGCGAGGAAGCCACGCCGGGACGUGUGUCGCAGAUUACGGGAGGAAUUACGCCAAAGAGCGACAUCUAGCGGACAGCGGAACGAGAGUCACUAACACGGUACCAGCCGCGACGGCGUCGCCGCCAUGUUGAACGCAAGUAGCGCGCAGUUCGCCACCGUCGUGGCGCUGCCCAUCGUCACCAUCCUCCUCGUAUGGACGUCGGCCAUUUUCCAGCGCAACCGUAAAUCCUGGGGCCCUUACGACAUCCCCAUUGUCACUCUCCUCGUCCUCUCCAUCCUCCGUAACCUCACUAUCCUCACCUACACCCUUUUCGUGGCACUGAGUCAAGACGUCAUCAACCUUGACUACUGCAGCGCCCUCGUGUGGAUUUUCAACUCGAUUCACACCUUCCAGGCCUGCUCUUUGACAACUCUCGCUGUCAUCGGCCUUUUUUCCGUCAAACUUCACCGAAAACAGCAACACCUGAGGCAAUUCCUCACCACCACACAUGUCAUCUAUCACUUGUUCUGUCUCACGACGUUGUGCGCGUGCGUGGGAGUGGCCGCCAUUUUGGCGCAACCCCAACCGCCAUUUUACAAACUAUGGGAAACGAAUCCGUGCAUAUUUAUGCCUUUUCACCUUGAUAUUAAAUACAAUGUGUUUAUUAUUGUUUUGAACGUGUUUUUGGCCACAGUGUCUGUGAUUUCAUUCAUGGCCACCUGUUUUAAUCAUUUCAAAAUCAAAAAACGCGGUUUUGACUAUUUGAAAAAGUCUAAUUCGGAUUUGAGUGAUUUGAGUUUAAGCAACGAACAAAAGAAUUUCUACGACACUUAUACCAUACAAAGAGGUGAUCCUAACCUAUAUGAUGGACAGAAUCAAGUCGCUUGGAAUAGUGACGUUUCAAAUAUUUCGACAACUGUCAGUAGUACCAACAGCAGAAGGCCGUGUAUUACACAACAACCUGUCAAAAAUGAUGAACACAGAACUGGAUUAGAAACUAUACAUCCGGUGCUAAUCGUCUGUUAUCUCUUCUAUCAUCUACCUCUCAUUGUAUUGAGUAUUUAUCCCGAACUAGUGUUCCCGUGGGACGUCGCAGGUGUUGCAUUAUGGCUGGGUCUUGUCCAAGACAUUUUAAUACCAAUUGGGUUGGGUAUUGUUGAUUCCAGAUUUUGUAAAUGGGUGUCUAAUGUCUACAAGUGUUCUAAUAACCGUGAGGGAGACAAAUUACCACAUGUCGGCUUGGAUGGAAAGUUUCGGCCGUUUAGUAGCCCUCCCCAGUCACUGGAAGUGGCACAAAAUCAGAGGGCCAUGCAAACAAUCGAGCAUCGAUUUCCGCUAACCAAUGGUUCACUCUACACAAGUAUAGAUGGCCGACUUCCGGUCAUCCAUAAUUACCGACGCCACAAGGAGCAAAGAGGUGUCAAAACUGAGUUUAGUCAGGCGUACCAACGCCCCAACUUGGAGUUUUCCUGUCGCAGUUGCGAGGCCGAUUUGUGCCCCAGCCACUCGAAUUUGCAUCAUUUGAGCCCCCAGUACAUCAACAAACAAUUGAAUCUAAUCCAGAGUAAAAAUCCCCUAACGAAACGCACCAGUUUAUCACAGGAGAGUCUCCGGUACAUCCCCGAAACCCACUUCUACCAGGAGCAGAUAAAAAAUUCGCGUAAUUUGCUCCGAUUGAAUAAAAUGCGGCUGUGUAAAAGCGAGGAUAGUCUGAAUGACGUCACACGUGAACUGAAAUUCAAAGCCACCCCUGAUCGGGUGGAGUAUUCGAGUUCUGAUGAGGAUUUUUUGCCCGAAAAUCGCAAUUUUGACACUUUGAGUUCGCAAAGUUCGUACUCGAUUACCACCGAGGCCAAUUGCGAUUUCGAAUUUUUUCAGAAUAAUAAAGAGAGGAUUUUUUUUGAAAAUAACGCAACGAGGCCUAAGAUACAAAGGUCGAAUUCUUAUAUGACUCUCGAGGACCGGAAUAAGAAGAGGAAUAAAAAAUUGUUGCGUUCGAAUUCGAAAUUGUCAGAUUGCACGCAUAAUAUCCGAAAUAAAGUGAAAUCAGUCGAGUAUUUGCCCAAUUCGAAUGCUAGUACUGUUUUUAUCGAAGAUGUUUUCUACUUCAAUUAUCCCAACCAGACGCGGAGUUACGUGGGAAGUGUACCUGAUUUGAAAAAAGUCUUUAUUUCAGAGUAUAUUUGAGCGAUUUAUUGUAUAUAAUCUAUUGUAUAUAUUUUAAUAAAACAAAUUAAUCGAC